CUCCCCAUUUUUAUUCCCCAUAUAUAAAUAGUCCCCCCACCAUUUCCAUCCCCUCACAGCUUACACACAGUGUAGAAAGAAAUAAAGAGAGAGCGAUUCCCUUUUCCACUUCUUCGUUGUUUUUGUGCUUUUCGGAUCUCCAUUUUUGCUUUAGCCAUGGCCAAGGGUCCUGGUCUCUACUCUGAAAUCGGCAAGAAAACCCGAGAUCUUCUCUACAAGGAUUACCAAGCCGACCACAAGUUCACCAUCACUACCUACUCUCCCACUGGAGUUGCUAUCACUUCAUCAGGAACAAAGAAAGGUGAGCUGUUUCUAGCUGAUGUUAACACCCAACUGAAGAACAAAAACAUUACAACUGAUGUCAAAGUGGACACAAACUCCAAUCUUUUCACAACUAUUACAAUUGAUGAACCUGCUCCUGGGCUGAAGACAAUCUUUAGCUUCAGAGUUCCUGAUCAAAGGUCUGGCAAGGUGGAACUCCAGUACUUGCAUGACUAUGCAGCGAUAAGCACCAGUGUUGGUUUGACUGCAAAUCCUGUUGUUAACUUCUCAGGUGUUAUAGGAACUAAUCUUGUUGGACUUGGCACUGAUCUCUCUUUUGACACAAAGACUGGGAAUUUCACUAAAGUCAAUACUGGAUUGAGCUUCUCCAAUGCAGACCUAAUUGCUGCCUUGACCGUGAAUGACAAAGGUGAUACUCUGAAUGCGUCCUAUUACCACACAGUGAACCCUUUGACAAAGACAGCUGUUGGUGCUGAGGUAUCCCAUAGUUUUUCAACCAAUGAGAAUACCAUCACUGUUGGCACCCAGCAUGCGUUAGAUCCAUUGACCACAGUGAAGGCACGAGUUAACAACUUUGGCAAGGCUAGUGCUCUCAUCCAGCAUGAGUGGCGUCCUAAGUCAUUGUUCACCAUUUCUGGAGAGGUAGACACCAGAGCCAUUGAGAAGAGUGCUAAGGUUGGACUGGCUUUGGCUCUCAAGCCAUGAGUAUCCUUCCCUUUAUGUUGCGGAGCAUUAAGGUAGGUAUUAAGAGCUUAGUUUAGUUGUCUUUUUUGGAAAAAGAGACCUUAUGAUGGUGACAUCGACUUUAUAUUUCGGUGGUUUGUAAAAUAAAUUUUAGAUGGUUCACAAACCCAUGUUACAAUUUUAUUGAGUUCCCACAUUCUCGCCACGCUCUUUUUCAAACUGGGGAUGAAUAGCCCAUGAAGAGGUGGACUUUUGAGAUUUUGUUCUAAUUCCUUGAUGGUUUUUUCUUGGCUA